ACUCCCGAACGGAGCCAACCACGUUGGAGUAGUCGGAUGUAGCAGUAACUCUAUACUCACUCGCGGACCCAACCGAGACCGAGAGCCCUCAGCCAUCAAUCGACCAGCGCCGUAACGUUCCGGCGAGAAAAGCCGCGGCUAAUUAAUCCGCCACCCACCGCUCCUCAGUCCUCGCACACUCUCGCUCCCACUCAGCCUCUAGCCCGCCGCUAGCUAGCUAGCUCGGCCGCGGCGGCAGCAUGCGUAAGGACGCGGCCGCCGGCAUUGCGGCCGGCCCGGCGCCCGCGCUCCUCUGCUUCGACCUCAAGCCCUUCCUCGCCGCGCUCACCGUGCUCACUCUCCUCGCCGCCGCAUGGCAGCUCCGCCCCUACCACUCCCUCCUCGCAUCCCCAUUCUCCGCCGCCUGCCCGCACCCCGCCGCGUCUCUGCCGGCUCGCCCGCUGGCCGUCCACGCCAAGAGGACCUCCACCCCCAACUCCACCGCUUCCACUUCCUCCUUUCCGCCGCGGCAGCAGCCGCCCGGCCCCACGCGGCGGGAGUUCCGCGCGGUGGGCAGCGCGGCGGCGCUGUUCGUGCAGAUGGGCGCCUACCGCGGAGGGCCGUACACCUUUGCGGUCGUCGGGCUCGCAUCCAAGCCCAUCCACGUCUACGGCAAACCCUUCUUCCGCUGCGAGUGGGAGCCCAACGCUCCGAACAACGCCUCCUCAUCCUCGCCGCCGCCGCGGCCGAUGCGCGCGGCCAACACGUACCACAUGCUCCCGGACUGGGGCUACGGCCGCGUCUACACCGUCGUCGUCGUCAACUGCACCUUCCCGCGCGUUCCCAACGCCGACAACGCGGGGGGACGGCUCGUCCUGUACGCGCACUACGGCCCGCCGGCGCCGCCGGACCGGCACGAGCGGAUCGUGGCGCUGGAGGAGGUGCCGGGCGCCUACGACGAGGCCGCGUUCCGCACGCCGCCGCACAGGUACGACUACCUCUACUGCGGCUCGUCGCUGUACGGCAACCUCAGCUCGGUGCGGGUGCGCGAGUGGAUGGCGUACCACGCGCGCUUCUUCGGCCCGCGCUCGCACUUCGUGUUCCAUGACGCUGGCGGGGUGAGUCCCGCCGUGCGGGCCGCGCUGGAGCCCUGGGUGCGCGCCGGGCGCGCCACGCUGCAGGACGUGCGCGCGCAGGCCGAGUACGACGGCUGGUACUACAACCAGUUCCUAGUCGUCAACGACUGCCUGCACCGGUUCCGGCACGCCGCCAAGUGGACCUUCUUCUUCGACGUCGACGAGUACAUCUUCCUGCCCGACGGCCGCACUCUUGAGGAUGUCCUCGCCGAGCUUGAGCCGUACACUCAGUUCACCAUCGAGCAGAAUCCCAUGUCGAGCAGGUUGUGCGUCCGGGACCCCAGCAAUCCAGAGGCCGACUACUCCAACCAAUGGGGAUUUGAGAAGCUAGUUUUCCGGAAUUCAAUCACCGGGGUGAGGAGAGACAGGAAGUAUGCGAUUCAGGCCAAGAAUGCAUACGCCACAGGUGUACAUAUGUCGGAGAAUGUUAUCGGCAACACCACGCACAAGACGGAGCACCUCAUCCGGUACUACCACUACCACAACACUAUCAAUGUGCUCGGUGAGGUGUGCCACGAAUUCGUCUCCAUACGACCCAAGGGUGGCAUAACAUGGUCCGAGAAGACACCCUGGUAUUACGAUGAUAGCAUGAAGCGUGUCGCCAAUGCUGUUCGUGAAUUCGAGAGGAAGACCAUUGGUAAUGUGCGAGUAUAACAAUGACCACAGAGACAAAGAACUAAUGUAUAGUAUGUAUUGCCGUCGGUCAUUCAUGUGGCUUGGUGACGGUAUUCCUGAUGUUGCCAAACAAACGAUGACUUAUGAUUUGGGGCUAUAUGAGCUGACAGAGAUGCAACGAAAGCGAAGCUGCAACUUCAAGGGAAUGGCAGACUGUAUACCACUAAUGGUGCUAUGGUUCUGAUUUAUUUGGCAAAGGUAAGGUUUUUGUAAACAAAUAUGGCAUCCGUGUAAAUUCCAUUGUUUUAUUGUUCCAUCAUAUACACUGUAUUCUAUUAUUGGAGUUCCUAUCUAAUGUGAAAAAAAUUCAUGAGAACUUAAUAUAUGCCUGUGCAGCAUUUCUAAUAAAAUAGAAAGAGGAAGUUGCAACUCUUCUGCCUAUUCACAAUUUUGUUGCAACAAUGUAGAAAUGACAUUGUUUUUAACUCCUCAUUUUAUUGGAACCAUAAGAUAAUCCAUGGAGCCCAAGAAAUCAGCUGUUUUUGGCCACGUACUGGAAUAAUCUGUAGAGGUGAAGGUGAUUUUGAAAUUCCUGCGGCCAUAAAGUUGUUCGGUACUGUUAUGUAGUCCUGCAGCUAGAAAGGCAGAGAAAUGUAGGGACUGCUGGAGGAUGGGCAUGGGUUGUAGUGUUGUAUGAUUGGGGGAUGUGGCUUGUGGCCCAUUGCAUGAGAGGCUGUGGUAUACUGGUGUUGUCUCCAGCUGCUGCCCUCUUUGUCAUGGCGUUUGACGUUUUGCUCAUUGUUUGGUGGGCCAAAUUCUCAUGCCAGAUAUGUUGGGAUGUUAAGGGUGAUUAAGGUUCUACAGAUGAAUCAUUAUGUCACUUUGGUUUGAUGUCGCAUCAAUGUUUAAGGGCAGAUUUUUCUGCUCCAAUUUGCAGAA